GAGUUUGGCCUCAAGCAUACUGAACUUCAUCACCACCACCAUGCUCAAGUCCAGAAACAAUUUCAUUCGCAACUACCUGAGCGUGUCCCUGACGGAGCAGCACAUGGCCACCCUCGCCAGCAUCAUCAAGGAUGUCGACAAAGAUGUCAAAGGUUCCUCUGAUGAAGAGUUCGCCUCAGCCCUCUAUCACUUUAAUCACUCUCUGGUAACAUCAGACCUGCCCUCUCCAUCCCUACAGAACACUCUUCUGCAGCAAUUGGGUGUUGCCCCGUUCUCAGAGGGACCCUGGCCCAUGUACAUUCAUCCUCAGUCCCUCUCAGUGCUCUCCAGGUUACUGCUGAUCUGGCAGCAUAAAGCCAGCCAGCAAGGGGAGCCUGAUGUACCAGAAUGCAUGAAGGUCUGGGAAAGGUAUGACAUCACUUAA